UUCACUUCAGCAGGCAGGAGAGGACAGAGCUGAGAGUUUGUCUUAAGGUUCGUCUCUGGCAGAGGAACUGCUCCCUGUUUGCCUGGUGAGGUGUCAGUUAUAGCAUAAUUGUUUUAUGAAUCCUGAAAAGCUUCCACUGGUACAGUUUGCGCUGUCUAUCGCAUAAGAUGUUUCAGUCAGUCAACUGUCAUCUGUCAUAACACUGAACCGAAGCGCAUGCUUGGCUCACACUCAAAUAUAAAGGUUUGGCUUCACGAUCAUUAACAUGUCAAUGAGCUUGGAUCUGUAUGAUACAAGAGAUUCUCUUGUUCCUCUGUUUGGCGGUUACUUCCUCAUGCUUUGCACUUCACCACUUAAGAAAGCAAGGGAGAACUCUGUGUGGAGGUUGAGGUCGAGCCUUGUUCUCAGUGCUCCUCACACUUGACUGUCCGACUUCAAACUUCAUGUUGACUCUCAGUGGUCUUUGAUGAGCACUUUUAGGAUGAGGGGAAACUUGGCUGGAGCUGGGACACUCCUAUCAAGGAAGAACGGGUCCACAGUUGGGUUUGGACUCCACUCUCAUCACUGGAACUUCUGUCACAGCAGGACUGGUGGGAUGGAGGAAGCCUACCACGAUCUGUUCCAUCAGUUCAUGAAGCUGAGGUCCUUGUGUCUGAGACAGGCUGCGCUGCUGCAGCAGCUCACACUCUCUCUGCAGCAGAAAGGUGAAGUUCCUCCUGCUGCUGCCACUGUUCUUGCACAGACUGGAGAUGAGAUCCUCAAAGCUCGUGCUGGGGUCCUUCAGCCCCCCAGAAAUGCUGACUGUCUUGUCAUGCCCCACCUCUACAUGAAUGUGCCUCAACGCUGUCAGGAAACAGCAACACCAACACCAUCAGAGGAAGCCAACCCUGGCAGAGCCAGAAUGCCUGGGACGGAGGGCGGUAAUGGGUCUGACCUGUUCCUGACGUCGGACUUGGCAUGUCAGUCUCACGUUUGUAACUUCUGCCAAGCUGUUUUUCCUGAAAAUUCAACCACUGAGGGAGAGUUCCUGCGCCACCUCUCCAGCCACCUCAACUAGAAACAUGUUGACCUGACCCAUGCGAGUCGGGAGGGAUGCUCUCUCUUUUUUUUUUUUUUUUGAGCAGACAAUCGGGCCUUGUCCUACGUGUCUCAUCCUUUGAGGGCAUGCAGAUUGAUUUACUCUUCUGCAUUCAUGUUCUCGAACUCUAUCUCUGAUGCCUCCACCCUGGGAGCAACGUCGAACUGAUUUUAUUUCCUGAAUGUUUGGAGUGGUGGAGCUGUGUAUUCUUGCCGGAAUUGGGAUUUUUCUGUUUGCCACUACCACCAAUAAGUUAUUAUCCUCAUAAGUGAAGUGAACUUGUUUAUUUUGUUUGCUUUUGUGUGUUUAAGAAUGAUCAUGAGCUGAGUAUUGAUGAUUAAUUUGGUUAUGGUUAUUGACUGCUUCACUGGAGAAUCACUAACUGUAU